AUGGGGCUCCAAGCAAUGGGGCUGCAGGCAGUGGGGUUGCAGGCAGUGGGGCUGCAGGCAGUGGGGCUGCAGGCAAUGCAGUCGCAGUCGGAGGCAACGUGGCGGCUUACAAUGAAGCCACUGCGGACUAUAUUUGUGGCGACUACUACACCCAAGGAGGCAAGGCCCACCAUGGUGAUGUCCAAGGGGAUAAAAACCGAGGAGGUGAGGAUUACGCUGCUCGCCGAUACACUGGAGCCGAUUACACAUCCGAUGAGUAUGCCGGACCCUACUAUGGAGCGCGUGAGAGAGCUUCCGUCGGAAACGUUCAUUCCCAGCACCGGGUGA